AUGGUGAGGCUUAAAUUUGGUGGUAAUGAGAAAUCUUUUCUUCCAAAUACUUCAAACAAGUCAGUGGGGAAAAGUUUGUGGGCUGCCAUUCUGAAGAGUAGAAGUCAUGUGGAGCAGAAUUCAACUUUACAGGUGAACAAUGGUGAUAGAGUUCUCUUCUGGAAGGAUGUUUGGAUCACUGAUCAAUCUUUACAAGCAAGGUUCCCAAAUUUAUAUAGUUUGAGCAGACUGCAAGAUGCUACUAUUCAGGAGGUGUUAGAUGAAAAUGUUGGAAACAGUUGGAAUUUUUAUUUUUGCAGGAAUUUAAGGGAAGCUGAGAUAGAAGACAUAGCUCAUCUCUUGAAUUUUUUGGCUACUUUUAAUAGAGGUGAAGGUCAGGAUCACAGAUUAUGGCAGAAUGGUACAAAAACAUUCUCAGUGGAAGAGUGUUAUAAAUCAUUGGAGGAUGAUGACUUGCUAGUUUUCCCUUACAAAAGCGUAUGUAAUCCAAAAAUACCACAAAAGGUGAUCUUCUUUGUUUGGUCUUUCUGCUAUAAUGCUGCACCAACAAUGGAUUCACUGGGGAAUCCAUAUGAUGUGAAUGGCUGUCUAUUAUGCAAGAAAAGUGCUGAAUCAAACCAACACUUGUUUUUGCAUUGUGAUACAACUAGAGAGAUUUGGUUUUACUUCUUAAGCGCCUACAAUCUUCAAUGGGUUUUUCAAGGCAGUGUCAGAAAUACACUAUGGGAAUGGAGAAGAAAAAAAGGGAAGAAUUUAAGUUUGAAAACUAAGAUUUGGGACAUGAUCCCAUUCGCAAUCUGGUGGGCUGUUUGGCUUGAAAGAAACUCAAGAGUUUUUAAUGGCAGAUAUAACUCAACUAGUAACUUGAAAGAUGGUAUCAAAACUUUGAUUUAUAGUUGA